UAAACGACCAACAUACUCUCGGUCCCUCGCGAAUGCUCUUUGAUGCCCAUGGCACACCCGGGGCCACUGCCCGAGCUCGACGUGUUUGAAGGCCUGGAGGAUCUCGAUGACGCCGCGUGGGCCCUGGGAAUUGUGGUUGCGGCGCUCGUUGAGAGCGGGACACCCUUGGAUCCGCUCUAUACCAACACGAUACCCUGCCGGCGUGUUCUGACGCGACACGACGACUUGCAUCUGCUCCUCAAGCAGGGGUAUGCUUCAAGAGACUUUUCUGAGGUUGGCAAGCACGAUGCCCUGCAACGCCAAAAGGAUUCGGCUGAGCUGGCUCGCGUACUGGACUCCUAUUCAUCGGAAUUGGACUCUUUCUCCCGCCAGGCCCCUCCUUUUCGCUUGCUUGAUUGGUCGUCAGACACUGCAGAUGCAGACGAUCAAGCACACAUAGCAUCUCUGAAAAUUCCCGCUGUUGCACGCAGUCCUCGAACUCCUUUGCUUCUCCUGCGGAACCUUGGCAGUUUUUUCAAGGACUCUGCUCUCAGGGAGAGACUGGGACGUAUCUUUGCUCAAGGAAAGCAUACCUUCUUGGUCAAUGCGUCUGGAACGGGAAAGACGAGACUUUUAAUCGAAGGACUAUGUCAACACUGGGGGAUCUAUAUUGUCGCUGAGACGGAUGUGGACGGUUACGGCGCCGGGGACCUCAAUGAUAUACUCACGACGAAUCUGCGUUGCACAUACGAUUUCGAUCUUCCAACAACGUCGCAGGGAUUUCGUGUCGCAGCGGUUCAAUCGUGCAUGGGUGGUCUACUACUGUGUCGUCUCCUUGUCCUUGACGUGUUCCUGGAUCUGCGACUGAGAGGUGAAGCCGACGUGGAGGAUCAUAAAAUUCUUUGGACAUUGUUACAAGUGCUUCCGAAAGCACUGGGGAGCAGACAGAAUAUAUUCGGGAAACUUCUCGUGUCGGCAAACGCUCUGCACGAUGACUUCAUCGCCGACUAUCUCUCCUUCCUCCAUUCGAAGUUUUGCGAGCGACUCCGAGAUGAUUUCCAUCCCUUCAUCAUCCUCGAUGAGGCUCAAGUCGUAUUCAAUCAUUUUCAUGACCGAGACCUUCUGCGGGAUGCAGAUGGUUCUCCUUAUCCGCUCCUCCGGGAGCUUGUGGACGGUCUCGUUGCGUCGUAUCCCGUCGAUGAAUGUUCUCUCAUUGUCGCAGGGACUGAUAUUCCCUCCGAUGGCUUUUCUCGCUCUCCCCACUCUCAUCUCCAUCGCUGGAUAUCGGACACGGGAGCCUUCGACGAUGAAGCGAGGCACAAGGCUUACGUUACUCAACAUCGAAUCACCGACAGCCUGAUGUAUUCUUUGCUCAGGAACGGUUUCAAGAGCCCACAUCGGAUUCUCAGCGCCCAUUUUUACGUGAUCUCCGGAUUCUAUCCCCCGGACGAUAAUCCGUUCAUCCGAGCGGAGGUUCCAAUCAAUGCUGACAUCAUCUAUCCGAGAAUCAAUUUCUCUGUCCUGAAACAUCCUGCUUAUUCUCUGCGCUCUGCUGCUAUUCGUUUGGUGCUCCUUCGAUACGCAACCACUGGAAGCCAUGGCCGUCCGUUUGGCCUUGAGCAUAUCAACCUCGUCACAGAUGCUUUUGGUCGAUUCUGUGACGAGAAUCGCUCGCAGAUUGUGUUCGACGAACCGCUUCUCGUUCUCGCAGCCGCAGCGCAGUGGUUCUGUCCCGUGCGAACGCCGCAAUCUGGACCCUCCGAUCCCGAUUCUCCUCGGCCAACGUCACUGCUUGAUGUGGUAGAGCUCGUCUCGCCCAUGGACCCGGACACAUUUGCGUGUGUGCUCGUGAUCUAUCUUGCGCACGCCUUCAAACGAGCCGCACCAAAAACGAUCUUCUCGUUUCCGCGUGGUGCCCCUGAAUGGGCGAAGCGUCCGUCGGAGCUGGUCAGCGUGUACCGCGGGAAAUCAUACCGGCUGGCUGACAAAGUAUCGACCUCUCGCCUUGCCGCUUCCCCAUCCACUUCCAACGAGCUGGUCAGCUGGCUGUCCCACAAUGAGCGACAUGGGUCUCCAUUCUGUCUCCCAGAUCUGCCGCACGCCGAUCUGUUCUUCGUGUUUCGCACUCCGGAUGGGACGUUUGUCCAAGCUGUAGUCGCGGCAUUGGGGACGACGACAACACUCAGGGACUCGAGAUUGAUGCAGAUGAUCUCUCGAGCAGAUGAUGAUGCCCUGUUUUUGUCUCUUCCUGGAAGCAUGAGGGAGAGAGCCAUCAGUGGUUUGCACUCUCUCCCUGUCCCACCACCGACCGUGGUUCGACGGAAAGGCAAACGUCCACCACGGUUGACAGCAGCGCCUGUGAUGCGGGUGAUGGCGUCCUUUCCGGGCCAAGCUCAUAUCAAGAAUGCCACCAAGUCGAAGGCCAUAGUCGGGCUGAACACCGGCCAGUUUUACAAAAUAUCGGUGCAGAUCUCGAUGACCGACGCGUUCGAGCAACUGUACCAAUCAGUCACGUUCUCAGCACAGUCUUCCGGGGAUAACCAGGCACCCAUCAAAAUUGUACCGCAACCUUCCCGUUUCAGCUCGCGAGCGCAGACUAGUAUAAGCAGCCGCGUGUUUGUUCCUUCCUUCCUUUCUUCUCUUCCUCCCAGCUUCCCCAUGGCCGGCACAAGCGCUCAUCUUUCGUUUCAGACGAAGACAACGCCUGAGCUGAAUGCUCGCAUCCAUGGAACUCUCAAGCCGAGUCUAUCGGUCUUCGAAGUUGGCCCGCACCUCUCCGUAUCGGAAAGCAUCAGCAGAGUCUUCUACUUUAUCGCGCUACUCAUCGGCAGAGAUAAAUUCGAACUGUAUCCCAGCUGGGACCUCAAGCGCUCUGCUCUGCAGACCAAUGCGGCGCUUCGAGCCAAAGAGGAUGCGAUUUUCCUCGACAAGAUCCUCGGAGAGACCCGGAAAUCUGAAUCAUCGGAGGCAGAUUUUCAGUUCUUGUUGGAUGAAGUGAUGACUUUUGUGAUCCCGAUCUCCCCGCAACAAGCUGUUACAGUGCUACAGGCUGCAGAAGAGGAAGUAAAGAAAAUCUUGCGUGAAUUCCUUGCCCGGGAUGACCCUCUUCCUCUCUGGGAGCCCAAUCACAUCCUUCCACACACCAAGUUUCUCCGAAAGUUGAAGAUUCCACGAACACCCGGCGGCGAGAAUGUGCCUGACAUGUUGCUUCACGACCUCGGGAAGGGGAAGGACUCCAGCCUGGAUCGUGCGAUUCGCAAGAUCUUUCCGGAAGCUCCACCGCCUGUCGUAUCACUUGUAAAUGCGCCGGGGGCAGGGAAGACCAAGACUGUGAUUGAGGGACUGUACGGGCACUGGGGGUUCUACCUAACCUGUGCAGUCGAUUCGGAAAGACGGGGGUCCCGCGAUCUUUCGAUCGCAUUCAACAAGCACAUCAAACUGGAUCCGGCGUUCGUCGAAAAUCUGGAAGAAGCGGCAAAGAAGGACGAAAAUGUGACUCUCAGUAGCCUCCAUCGGGUCAACUGUAAAAUUGCUCGGAGCCGGAUAUCUGAGGUCCUCUUGGCCCGGAUAUGUAUCUUGACAUGGUUUUUGGAUGUGUUGAAGGAGCUCAACCCGACCGGGCCACUGGAUAGUGCCAAAAAUAGGCGGCUGUGGACUAUUCUACAACUGCACCCACCUCGUGGACCCAACGGCGGUGACAUGUUCCAGUCCACGGUCGGAAGAAUCCUCGGCCUGGACACACAGUACAGUUUGGCAUUGACACGAGACAAGCUGGAGACCUUGCGCUCCUCCCUCGGACUUGGUCUGUAUGAUCGCCUAUUCUGUGUUGUCGAUGAAUCACAAACUGCUGUUGCGACCCUGGAGCACGCUUUCAUGUCUCAUGAGGCAAGUGCCGGUAUCAAACCCACGCCCAGACCGGUGUUCCGGGAGCUUUGUGCAGUCCUGUUGGCCCCCGAACAUGAGCUUGCAGUGAUUUUCACGGGCACUGCGCUCGCUCGAGUUCUUCUAGACGCAAUAAUCGCCUCCAAGUUCCUCAAACUAGAAAAUGACUACCGGCCCAUCACUCAUUUCGGCGCCUUCAGCAAACCCGAAGACCAUAUCGAUUAUGUCAAAAAGUACAUUCCAACGGAUCUGCUCUCCACAACAAGCUUCAAAGCCCUCCUUGGCCGAAUCGUUUACUGGUUACGAGGACGAUACCGAUUUACCUCAGCGUUCAUUCGAGAGCUUCUCAUUAGCGGAUUUCAAUUCCCCCAUUUGAGGCUGAACGCAUUCAUCAAAGUUGUGACCAAGUCUCCUCUACUCAAGACCCUCGGCCGUUUCACCUCGGAUGGGUUCGAUGCUACGGAUGCGAGCAUCCACUUGGAGUCUGAGCUGGAGGCGAAUCGCGGCGAUCCACUGGUGAUUACCAUUGGUGAACAGCGGCUGUUCGACUUUGAAAAGAUCAAAGACAAUGUCAGAUUCGUCGAACUCGUGCGCACGUAUGUUCCGGAGAUGUGCAUGCGGUCGAAGAUAACAUCCACGGCGAUGCCUCUGAAGUACCAAGACGGGAACGGGAGAGUGCUGGAGGAUUUUGGCCAACUGGUACAAUACGGCGUCGCCCGUUACGACGAAAACGACAUGGGUGUCGAAGGGGACGUGCGGCUGCUCAUGGACGAGCCCCUUGCGAUCAGAGCGUUGCUGGAAUGGCUCCAGAGCUGCGAUGCUCCUCUGGCAGCCAUUUUGCGGAAGGCGGCGGUCGGGGGACUGCAGAACCACGCGGGCAACAACGGCGUCGAAGAAUAUAUUGCGUUCUAUUGCGCGGUGGCAUUCAAAUCGGGCGCGAAGCUCAAGGAGAUAUUCCACUUCCACAAGGGGCUGAAGAUCCCCGAAUGGGCAGAAACAUCGGCCGACCUGGUCUCCGUCUACUGCACUAAUCAAGAUUCGAGACCAAACGACCCCGUCAAAGCCCGGUCUUGGACCGCAGAAUACGAUGUUUCGCCCGUGACCGACCAGUCGGGACCAAGUAACUCACUCGGAUACUGUGCAUCUACGAUAUCGGACACGCGCCGAUGGAUGCAGCAUUUGGAGCGGGCGUCGAUCUGCUUUCCAGACAAGUUCAUGGGUCCAGACCUCGUGAUGGUCCUGCGGCUGCACAACGCGCAACGAUCGCUCAUUUGGCUUGCUAUCCAGUCCAAAUUCUCCGCCGCUGAGGAGCUCGAGCCGAGCAAACUGAAGGAGGCCCUCCCCACUGUCACCCCGGACGGUUACUACGAGCGACGGAAAAAGAAUGCAGUGUCCGACGAAGAGCCGCAACCACUGGCAGCACACCAGGUCCAGAUUCUGAAGGACAUGGACAGUCUUCCGAAUCGGCUCGAGAUUCCUGGUUUCGACCAGCGCAGAAACAAAGCGUUCAUGAGACGCAUGGUCGACCACUAUUCUGGGCCCGACUUCUCUCAACCUUUCGACGUGACGGCGGAUGAGCUGGCUGUUCUCGAUGGAUGCGGGAAACACAGCGUGCUGCGGGUGAUUGUGGGCUGGCCGUCGUUGACGAAUCUGCACAACCGGUAUUCGACGCUCCUCCAGCAUCGGUACUUUGACGAUGACUGUCACCCGAUCGUCGAGUUCAACCGCGACCGGUGGAACACGGUCAUGGAAGAUUACCUGCUCCCUGAAUUCGAUAAUCGCAGGCAUAACAGGUCGCGGGGAACCAAACAAGACCGACCGGAUGCAGGACACGAGGCUGACGAACCGGGCCCUUCGAUGAAACGACGGAAAACCGCCCACGAUCUCGACGCAGACGAGUUCGAACUGGAUGCCGCAUUCGAGCCCAAUGCCAACGUGGAGACACAGUUUGCCUCGCAGUUCUUGCAUCCCUUCCGGAUCGGGGAGGACGCCGGGGAGACUGCGGCGUGGGACGAAUUGGAACAUGGAGGGAAUCCCACUGGGUCGGUCGCAGACGGCCCGCCUCUGACGGCCACUGAUCUCGAUGCAACUACGCUUGGAGGGCAGUCGGUCUAUGAUGACGGCGGCCACCCACGGAUCACUGAACGCAGGCGGGACGGAACCGUGCGACUCGGCGGCGGAGAGGUGCACCUGAGGGUGCUGGGCCAUGAGAUAGAUCCGCACAAAUUCUGGGACACGCACAGAUUGGGAGGGAUGUCCGGGGAUCUGCCCCCUCUGAAAGAUUCCAUCCCGCAGCUGAAAUUGAUGAAGAAACGGGAGCGCAGGAUAUGGCCGGAGCGUGAGGAUUGGGAGAUCGAGACGGAGUUUACGCAGGAAGAAAAGGGGCUCCCGCUGCAAGACAGAAAGAAGAUAAUCUUCGAGAGGCUGAAGCGUGCAGCGGAGAGAUACGAGGCAACCGUCAUUUCGUUCGUGCGCACCGGCUUUGGGACGGCGGGCCAGCCAAGCAGUGAUGACACAUGCGAGGAGAUCUUCAGGAAUAACCCAACGCAUCAUGUCCCCUCAGACUGCCCCCUCAGACUGCUUCCUCCGCUCCCCUCGCUUACAACCUCGGCCAUUGAUGAUCUCAUCAGGAAGCUGAAAGCGGCCGUGGGUGAAUACCUGCAGCUGGAUAUUGAUCGAUGGGAUAAUCCGAAACUCUACCUCCUGAGGGGACGCCUAGAGCCGGAUACCAAAGGACGACUGGUGCAGAAACCUAUGCACUUCCGUCAUUACCUGUCUGUUACCAAUCCAGACCACCGGAAAACCCUCACCCGGCUACUCCUCUCCAGCCAUUCACUAGCGAUCGAGAGACUCAGAUGGACAGAUGCCCGCCGGCCUCGGAUUGAUCCGAGCGAGCGAAAGUGCAGACUAUGCCGCAACGCCCCGGAAACGCCGGAACAUGUCUUGCUCAUAUGCGAUGGAGACGUCAGUCUCAUCCAACUGCGCAACACCCUUAUGACCAAGUUCAAACUCGACGUUCCCGCUAUGCCGCCACUCGAGUCAAUGCCAGAAAUAGAAUUUCUCAGGCGUAUGUUGUUCCACCGGGAAACGAUCGGACUCGUGGCAAAGUUCGCGUACGAAGUCAUGGCAAUCUUUGAGUCUAAGCCGAUGCACCAACCAGCAUCACCCUUACACUGGCUCAUUCAGGCACCCUGA